AUGCCCGAAAUCCACGUCGUAGCAAUCCUCUCCCCGAAACCCGGGAAAGCUGAACGUCUACUCACACUCCUCCAACCCCUCCUCCAAACCGUCCAAACAACCGAACCCCAAACCCUUCGAUACCUCAUGCUUCAAGAACCCACCACGUCCUCCUCCUCUGAAACCACCUCAGAGCAAGACAUCGUCUUCAUCGAGAAAUACGCCUCCCCCGAAGCCAACGAAACCCACGUCCAAGGGGAGAAAUUCCAGCAAGUUUUCCGGGCGAUUGCCGAGGAAGGGUUGUUGGCGAGGGAGAUGGUGCUGAGGAAGGGGUUGGUUGUUGUGGGGGGUUUUGAGGGGAGAUAG